GUAAAAUAAUCUUAUCUAUGGACCAUUCCAUAAUCUGGUAAAAUGGGCCCUUAUUCUGCUAACUAAAAUUUCUCCCUCUACCAUUAAAAGCAUUAAAAAUGACCGUCCUCGCUACAUAGACGAAGUUAAAAUGUGGCCCUACGUGGUAUAGGAAACACCGACCAUGCAGUUCAAUCAACCGUAUUUUGGUACCGGCUUCAAUAACGGCGCACCUUUCUUUCCUUUAAAUACAUCCUUCGCGGCGCAAUGCGUGCAGUCUCCCGAGGUGGUCGGUGAGGGUGAAGUCGUAUCAUUGGUACUACCUGACGGAAACGUACAACUAUUCUUUCUUCCAACGAACAAGUGGUGUGCUCCUUUCAUCACGAUCCCAAAUAAAUCAAGCUGCUGGUUUGUCAAGAGCGUUGCAAACCCGGUUCCGCAUCCCACAUAUUUCCAAAACCAAUUUCCUAGUGGCAUACCUAGCCCAAGGUUAACUUUAGGAUACAGUGGCAGCUUUGAAGUUCCGACUCCUUUCAAGUUUCACAGCGACGGAGCCACUUCCACAACGGACAUCCAUUACUUUUUCCCUCGUCUCGCCAAACUUAACAACGCAACCAAAUUGUGUACCGGGGUUCAGGUAGUGGUACCUGGACAGAACUCCUCAUGCCAAUCCGAAGCGGUAAGCUGCAUUCCAAGCAACUGCGGUCAGCAUAACUGCAGCUGCUGCAACCGAAAAUGUGACAACAAAGGCGCAUUCAAUAGCAAUAGAGAAAUAAGUUCCCAAGGCGACACAAAAAAUCGUUAUAAAGAAGAUCUCAUAAUAUGUAAGCGCUGUGCAGAACCGAAAGUGAAACGCAUCUCACACAGUCAAACUUCUAUGUCGAUAGACGAGACUAGCACAGAAAAGAAAAUAAAAAAAGAAAAGAAAGAUCAUUCACAACCAAAAAAGCAGCGCAGCACACACAGUCAAACUUCUAUGUCGAUAGACGAGCCUAACAUAAAAAAGAAAAGAAAAAAAGAAAAGAAACACCAUUCACAACCAAAAAAGUGCAGCACGCACAGUCAAACUUCUAUGUCAAUGGACGAUUCCAAAUCUGAAAUUAGAUCUUCGAGAAGUAAGAAAGAAAAACGUGACACAAGAAAGACAAAUGAAUGUAGAAAAGUCAAAAGUAGACGGAGGGUAAGUGGUAAAUGUAGUUGCACAAGCAUAAGAAAUCGAAAGGGCCAUAGUAAAACCCACACUACUAAAAAUCACACAAGUAAAGACAAAAAAAUUAAUCGUGCAUCAAAUACGGACUUUGUCCGUUGUACAUGUAGUGAUAUAAGUUUAUCCUCAUCAAAAUCUGUUGGAGAACAUGAUACAAGGGAACAAAAUUUUGACAAUAGUAGCUCAAGUAAACAUUCAAUAAAUACUAGCUCAGAAAUGGAGUGUCAAUUCUGUGAAAGCUGUAUAUAUUCGUCGUCGGAUCUUUCGGCAUCUGUAUCACAAACGGAUACAAGUCAUGGAAUGUCUGUUGAUGAAGAAAUUAAAGGUAAUAGAAAGAAUCUUCUCAAAUCCGACGUAGGUAAGAAAAAUGAAGAAAACAGGGUCAUAACGGGUGGUAUGACGAUAAACCAAGAAAUGAAACAUCAAGAAAAUAAUAAAAAAAUAGAUAAAACCAGCGUUACUUGUGUCUGUUUGUACCCAGCUUCGGAUGAAUCGCUAGUCAAAAAUACACCACCUGAAAGUGAUAAACCGUUACAUCUGCUAGGCAAAAAUAUAGCGAAUUGUAGUAGUAAACCUCACGAUUCGCUAGAUAAGAUGGCACAAUUAUCCCAUAAUAAAUCAAGUAACACAGGGCCAAUAUAUAUAGCAGAUGCAGAUUUUUGCGAAUGUUUCUCUAAUCUUAUACAACCAUCAACCAGAGAUAAAACCUUUAAGGAGAUAGAGAAGGACUUAAAGAGAUCAGAAAAAGCAAAGUCUUCAAAAACAAAAGAAAAAAAAGAAAAAAAACUUAUGGUUGCUUGCAAGUGUUCAAAAAUGUUAUAUUUAGUUCACAUUGCUACUCAAGCAAGUAAAGUUCUAGAAAAAAAUACAAAGCCCAUGAGCAUAGAAAACAAAGAGAAUACGGAUUUUCGACCUAAAGUCGAUUGCAAUUCCUCUAAAGCAGUGCAAUCCAGAGAAACGGGAAAACAGCUAUGUGGCAAUUUUGGAGAAGUUUGCUGUUGUGUAACACCGGAUUUUGGCAACAGUAGUCCUGUUGAUGCUAAUAGUGUAUUCAAUUUCAAUAAAACUACACCUUUGCAUUAUCGUGCCUCAUGUAUACUGGAUACAGCAAAACACACUCCAUAUAUCCCAAAUAGUAACUCCGUAUAGGUAGUAAAUUGCGAAUAAGUUAACAUAGAAGGGAAAGCAGCUAUUUGGCACUUUCGGAGAAGUUUGGUGUUGUAAACACCGGAUUUUGGCGACAAUAGUCCUGUGGAUUCUAAUAGUGUAUUCAAUUUCAAUAAAACUACACAUUUACAUUAUCGUGCCUUAUGUAUACUGGACACAGCAAAAUACACUCCAU